CAUCUUCAGAAAUAGCUGAAAUUAAAGAGACAGUAGCCUUUAAUGUGAUGGAUGCAGUAAGCUACACUGGUAGAGAAGCCAUUAAAUUCUCAAAUAUUGUACUGAACAAAGGCGACUCGUACGACAACGAUACGGGGAAUUUCACAGCGCCCAUUGCCGGGAUUUAUCAGUUUAAUGCGCAUAUUUGCAUUAAGAAAGGUAUUCGUGAAGUAAAUUAUUACAUAAAGGUUGGCAAUAAAUCGAUAGUUACCGGAGAGUUCUUUGUACCUAUUGAAGCCGAAGAUAGAAAAUGCACGUCCUUCAGCGCAGCUGCGUUGGUUCCAAAAGGAGACAGUGUUCGAGUUGGUGGAAUGCUUGAAUCUUCUUUAGAUGAAAGUGAUAAUGACCAAUGUUCUUUUUCUGGCACUUUGAUACAAAAUGUUUAGCAAAAAUUGUGCGAUUACAAUAUACUUUAGAUUCAUUGUUCUGUGAUUAUCAAAUAACAUGAAACGUAUAUUCCUGUUGAAAACGUUAUUAAAACAAAUGACUCUCAUAAAUUAUGUAUUUAAAGGAUAAUAAAAUCAUACAAGACCAAGUCCAAUCCAACACAUCUUCUUUAACUUCAAUUAUUAUUAUAUGUUUAAUAGCUUUUUAGAUAUUUUAGAAUAACUUGUGUUAGAAAUAUGUGGUACUUAAAAAACCCAGUAUGACACAAUAUGCUUUUAUCUUUAUUUCUCAAAAAGGUUUUAAUUAUAGUGUCCUAUUCUAGUUCCAAAAGAGUUAGUUACUCACUAGUUAGUUACUUUAAUCAUCAUUUUGUUUUAUAUUACAUGUCACCCGCUCUUCAUAUUAUUUAAAAUAAAUCACUUAUCCUUCAUACAAAAUAUUCUUUCAGUUAUAUUUUUGAAAUUUAAAUUGAAACUGACCUCUGUUUGGACAAGAAACUGCAACAAACUGUACAUCCAGAUGACGGAAAGCAGAUUGUUUGUUAUCGAAGCAAAAAUGUCAAAAUAUGAACAUUUUAAAGCUAUAUUUCAAUUUCUUUAAACUAGUUUACGUAUUUGAAGAGGUAUUUAAAAGAAUAAUUCAACGAUAGAUUUUCUGUUAUCUUCUGGAGGCAUGCUGCAAUUUGAAAGAAUUAUAAAACAUUACUGUGCAUGUACAGCGUUAUGAAAUAAAUCACAAUGAAACUAUUAAGCAUGUUUAAGCAUAUAAUUAUUUCAGAAUCCAUCAACGAAUUACAAAUUUAUAUUGAAGACACAACCAUCUAUUCACAAUCGUGUUUUUUGUCGUCCAAGUGUGAUAUUGACCUAUUUAGUUAGCCGGUUUUAUAUCUUUUAACUGAUCAGUUCACGAUCAUCUCGACUUCAACUCGAGCAUUAUCCGAUCGCAACCCGAUCAACUCGACCUCUGUUCGAUCUGUUGUCCAGAAUAACUAGACUACAACCAGACUGAAAAACGACGCAGAUAGUUAUUUGGCAAUUCAUGAGUUUAGGUCACAACAAUAUAUAGAUGUAAAAUGAUUGUGGUUGUCUAAUUAGCUUUUACAAAUCUAAAGACACAUAUUCUGACAAGAAUAAUGUCUAGAAAGAGCAAAACGGCGUCAUGUAGUAAGAGUAGUACAUGUGCGGUGGAGCAAGAAGUAAGCACAGAUCCACCUGAGGAGAUACCUAUUGAAACGGAAGAACGUGUGCUAGAAAAUACUGCUUCUUCUCGGGAGGAGGAACAUGUCAUAGUUUAGUUUAGUUGAGAUCGUAUAGGACUCACAUAUAGGUCAAGGUGAUGAAAGAUAAUGCGGAAUGUUUCGGGCAUAUCGUUUUCAU